AAACGGGAAUGACAACCACAAAACGCAAGGUGGCGCUGCUGCCUAAAAAGAGGGGGAAAGACUCUCACAAAGGACUUUGCAGAUUCCAGGGUUCAGAAGAAAUCUGGCGAGUCAGGAGGUAGAGGAAAGGAAACAGGAGCUGUGGGAAAGUGGGGCUCCCUCUCCACAAGCAUUGCAGUUAUAAGCUCAUUUCUAAGACUUAGAUUGCUGCCAUCUCGGAAAGCUGCGUGGGGCCGGGUGACAGUGGUUCUGCAAGGCCGAUGAAAGGAGGCAUGGAGGCCCGAGCGGAGCGCGCGGCGCGGACCAGGCAAGUCCUGCUUCUCUGGGUGUUUCUGGGAGUGUCUGGGGCCGGCGCGGAACCGCUCCGGUAUUUUGUGGCCGAGGAAACCGAGAGAGGCACCUUUCUGGCCAACCUAGCAAAUGACCUGAGGUUGGGGGCGGGGGAACUGGCUGCUCGGGGAUCUAGAAUCGUUUCAGACCAGAACACGGGAUUUUUACUACUCAAUCCGCUCACUGGUGACUUACUGCUAGGUGAGAAAUUGGACCGGGAGGAGCUGUGCGGCCCCACGGAGCCCUGCGUGCUGCCUUUCCAGGUGUUACUGGAAAAGCCUUUUCAGAUUUUCCGUGCCGAGUUAUGGGUCAGAGACAUCAAUGAUCAUUCCCCAGUGUUUCUAGAGAGAGAGAUUCCCUUGAAAAUAUUAGAAAGCACCGCCCCAGGGGCGGCAUUUCUCCUGGAAAGGGCACAGGAUUCGGAUGUCGGAACCAACAACUUGAGAAACUACACCAUCAGCGCCAAUACCUAUUUCCAUAUUAACGUGCACGACCGCGGGGAAGGGAAUCUCUAUCCCGAGUUGGUACUGGACCGAGUGCUGGACCGCGAGGAGCUGCCUGAGCUCAGGUUAACCCUCACCGCCCUGGACGGCGGCUCUCCGCCGCGGUCCGGGACCGCCCUGGUGCGGAUCCUAGUGCUGGACAUAAAUGACAACGCCCCUGCGUUUGUACAGUCUCUCUACUCCGUGCAGGUGCCAGAGAACAGCCCCGUGGGCUCCCUGGUGGCGGCCGUGUCAGCUAGAGAUUUAGACGCCGGAAGUAAUGGAGAAAUCGUUUAUUCAUUUUUUUAUGCCACUGAAAGAAUUCUCAAAACGUUUCAAAUCAAUCCAACAUCUGGCAGUCUUCACCUUAAAACCGAACUAAACUAUGAGGAAAUGCAAAAUUACACAUUAACUAUUCAGGCCCAGGACGGCGGAGGGCUUUCUGGAAAAUGUACCGUGGUGGUUCAGGUGACAGAUAUAAACGACAACGCGCCGGAACUGCUCCUGUCCUCGCUUAUGACCUCGGUCCCUGAAAACUCAGCUGAGACCAUCGUAGCUGUUUUUAAGAUUAGAGACAAAGAUUCAGGUAACAAUGCAAAGAUGGCGUGCUCCAUCCAAGACGAUCUCCCCUUCCUCCUGAAGCCAUCAGUAGAGAAUUUCUACACGCUGGUGACACGUAGACUGCUGGACAGAGAGGCCACAGCCGAGUACAACAUCACCAUCACCGUCACAGACAUGGGGACUCCCAGACUGAAAACCCAGCACAACAUAACCGUGCUGGUCUCUGACGUCAAUGACAACGCCCCCGCCUUCACCCAAACCUCCUACACCCUCUUCAUCCCCGAGAACAACAGCCCCGCCCUGCACAUAGGCAGCGUCAGCGCCACAGACAGAGACGCGGGCGCCAACGCCCAGGUCACCUACUCCCUGCUGCAGCCCCAGGACCCCAGCCUGCCCCUGGACUCCCUGGUGUCCAUCAACGCAGACAACGGACACCUGUUCGCCCUGAGGGCGCUGGAUUUCGAGGCCCUGCAGGCAUUUGAGUUCCUGGUGGGAGCCACAGACCGCGGGUCCCCAGCGCUGAGCAGCCAGGCGCUGGUGCGCGUGCAGGUGCUGGACGCCAAUGACAACGCGCCCUUCGUGCUGUACCCGCUGCAGAACGGCUCUGCGCCCUGCACCGAGCUGGUGCCCAGGGCGGCCGAGCCUGGCUACCUGGUGAGCAAGGUGGUGGCGGUGGACAGCGACUCGGGCCAGAACGCCUGGCUGUCUUACCAGCUGCUCAAGGCCACAGAGCCCGGGCUGUUCAGCGUGUGGGCGCACAAUGGCGAGGUGCGCACCGCGCGGCUGCUGAGCGAGCGCGACGCGGCCAAGCACAGGCUGCUGCUGCUGGUCAAGGACAGUGGCGAGCCUCCGCUGUCAGUCAGCGUCACGCUGCACGUGCUGCUGGUGGAUGGCUUCUCCCAGCCCUACCUGCCGCUGCCCGAAGUAGGGGCGGACGGGGCCCAGACUGACCCGCUCACGGUCUACCUGGUCAUCGCGUUGGCGUCAGUGUCGUCGCUCUUCCUAUUCUCGGUGCUGGCGUUCAUCGGGGUGCGGCUGUGCAGGAGGAGCAGGUCUGGUUUGGUGGGUGGCUACUCGGUGCCUGAGGCCCAGUUUCCGGGCCAUCUGGUGGAUGUCAGUGGCACCGGGACCCUGUCCCAGAGCUACCAGUAUGAGGUGUGUCUGAAGGGAGGCUCUGGGACCACAAGCGAGUUCAAGUUCCUGAAGCCAAUUAUUUCUAAUGUGCAGUUCCAGAGCACAGGGAGGGGAGUGGAAGAAUAUCCUGCAUUUCAGAGUGAUUUGGGUUUCUGAUAAAGAAUGAAAAAUAAAUGUGUUGUGUCUGUGAAUACACACCUAAGAAAUGUACCCUGUGUUGCAUGUAGAUAAGUGCUUUCCCAUUAUUUCAAGUAUUCUUAGAGUCACAGAAUAAAUUUACACAGAAAUGGAUACAGCUUUGGCCCUAAGAAACCUCCACAAAACGUGGGAUGUAUGUGUCUAUUUUCUCUCUAGCAAUUAUGCAUCAUGCACUGUCUAUUAUGUGACAAAUCUUGUUUGAGAUGUUGUAAAUCAAUGUUCAUCAUCUUCAAACUCUACUGCUUUUUUAUUUUCUUCUUUGAUUUCAGUGCUGCAGUUGUAUACUAUCCCUAAGUUUUAGAACUACAGAUUACACAGUAUGUUUUAAAGUUUUUUAAAAACUACUUACUGUACAUCAUACACUAUUUUAACACUUUCAGCCUUAGAAAUAAACCUAUGAGAAGUAUUUUUGAAAUGAGCAAACAGAGGUUCAGUAACUUCAGUAAGGUCACCUACUAAUACAGGGGAGAACUAUGUAACUUUUCUAAAUCUUUCUGCCAUUGGGGUCUUGCUAUGACGCUGUACUCCUUUUUCUGUCAGUAGAUAUCACAUUGCAGGUUUCUCCAUAAUUAAAGAGAAGCAACCUUUUCUUCGCUUAUAUUUCUGUUUAGUCUUUUUCUCUCUUUUUAGAUUUUAUUUAUUUAUUUUUAGAGAGAGGGAAGGA